AUGAAAGAAUUACAUAUAGAUUUUUCUAGUCCAGAUGGUGAAUCAAUACGAAUGGUACAAAAACGAGCUAUUGCAUUUUUAGAACCUUAUAUUGAACAAGCUAAAAAACAAAGUAUAGAAGAAAAUCGAGAAAUAUCAAUUGUUAUUUUUACACAUGCGAAUUUAAUUCGAGCUGUAAUACAAUAUUAUACUGAAAGUAAUCCAAAAUAUACAUGGCUUAUUGGACAAUAUAAUACAUCAAUAAGUGAAAUUCUUUUUAAUCAACAUGGAAUAUCAUUAGUUAAAGUUAAUGAUAUUGGUCAUUUAAAGUUUUUAAUACCAGAAUCAUCAGAAAAUAAUUAA